CAGUCAGACCUGCGGGACUGUGCGAGGCGCGCACACGGAUGAGAUAACGCGCUUGCUUUUUUUUUUCUUCUUCUUUCCUUCUCGUUACUGCGAACACCAUUCCAGCUCUCCGGACGUCGCGCGACACCAACCACCACCACCACCACCACCACAACCACAGACCGAUGCGCACAAUCUUUGGGUUUCUUUCCAAGUUUCCCGUCGGCCUUUGUGCGGCACCGUCGGAGUGGAGAUGCUUCUCUAGCGCUUUGGUUCGCUCCUCUCUCUCUCUCUCAGUUCUCCCUUUUUGCGCGCAACGAUCCCUUGGAUGUAUCGUCGGUUUGAAUUCGGACCUUUAUUUGUUCGCUUUUUGUUUUUGGUUUAAUUCUCAACAAGAGGGAUUUGCAGGAUUUACCUACCCCCCGAGCGAAGAAGGAUAAAAAUGCGCACGUACUGAAGCCCCACCGAGCAUCAACACGUAUUGGAGGAUGGAGCUGUGGACACGAGUGACAUCCUUUCCUUUUUAAAAACCUGUUCACCUCCGCUGUUUGGUUGGUUUUUUUUGGCUGGGGGGGUUUCUGCGCCGAUCGUGACACACACGGGACAAUAAACCUCCACUCCGCUUAUGCCGAGACGUGGAUCAUCUUGCGAGUGAACAAGGUAAUGGGAGAGAAAUCGCGCAGAGUCGGCGCAGAGAACAAGGGAACAUUGUUCGGAGGGAGACAAUCAGGGCGCACGGAGAGGCAGCAGGAAUAGCGCCUGCUGGGUGGCGGUACCUCUCGGAAAAGAAUCCAGUCCAGUGGAGAUAUAUUUGAACAUAUAAAAAACAACAACAACAAAAGGGACUAUUGAUUGCUGGGAAAGUCAUGGCACUGAAAUAGUUGUUUUUCCGGAGACGCGGACGCACGGAUUGGACGAAGUUUCUUCUGCACAUUUCCGAGCGUGUUUUUGUGCAUUUCGAUGAAUCGUGGAUGCACGGCAGCCUCCGCUCUCUGACUGACUCGACCGACAAGCCUCGCUCGGCUGUGCCCGCUGCGUCUCAGAGUCUCCCCGCAGCAGAGAACAGAAACAGAACCCUCCGCAUCUGGUCCCUCCCGGUUGUUUCCUUUUUAAAUGCGGCUACACAAGCUGGGCUUCGGGGGUGAGAUGGCAAAUCGAGGGAAUGGUUUUGGGAUCCUGCUGGUUUUCUUACUGGAUUUACUUGGGUCGGCGGCCAGCAACAUGGAGCCCAUCUACUGGAAUUCCCUGAACGAAAGGUUCAGGGACGACAAGGGCUACAUCCUGUACCCUCAGAUCGGGGAUCGGCUGGACCUCAUCUGCCCGCCGCUGGACACCGCCCGGUCCACGCCGGAGUACGAGUUCUACAAGCUCUACCUGGUGGCGAAGCGGGAGCAGGCGGACCGCUGCGAGGUCAUGGGCCCCCCCAACAUCGUGCUCACGUGCGACGAGCCCACCCGCGAGCGCCGCUUCACCAUCAAGUUCCAGGAGUUCUCGCCCAACCUCUGGGGCCACGAGUUCAAGACCUUGCACGACUACUUCAUCAUCGAAACAUGGUUGCAUGUGCAUGUUAUCGCUGUUGCCCUGUCCCGCUCGGCUGCCGCGCCGGCCCCGGGGCCUGUUUAUUGUUACCGCCAUCCUCGCAGUGACCGCAAAUAG